CAUAAAAUAUGAGACACAGUUCACACUGAACGCCAAACAGUUCAACAUGUGGACACUUAUACUUGUCUUGUCCAGUCUAUUUCCAGCUGGAAUUGCUGCUGUAACUACAGUAACUGGAUACAAGGGCCAUUCAGUUCAGAUCAGAUGCCCUUAUAAGUCUGGAUAUGAAACCCACAUGAAAUAUCUCUGCAGAGGAGAAUGUUAUACUUUCCAGAUUAAAGACAUCCCUCUUGAUUCUGAAUCUGCGAAAGACAAGAGAUUCUCUCUGAAUGAUGACACAGCAGCCAGAGUCUUCACUGUCACCAUCACUGAUCUGAGAUCAGAGGAUGGAGGAAAAUACUGGUGUGCGACAGAGCAGAAAGUGCGUGAUGACUACACAGAGAUUCUGUUAGUGGUUAAAGUGGAUCCUGCCAGUAGUAGCAUCUCACACUCCACCUACUGCCCUCCCAUACUCUCUGUCAGCACAUCAGUAGGUAUCGGGUGCACACAGUCAGUACCAGAACCUUUCAAGUUACAUCAGGUUGGAUGGGGAGCUUAG